AAAUUUGAUAUAGAAUUAGGGUUUCUCUUUCUCAUGCAUUUUCACAAAGAUGGGUUCUUGUAAGUUCACUUUUCUUGCACUUCUCUACGUCUUCGGAUCGACGGUGGAUGCCGCAUUCCGCGAUGUACCGUUCGAUGAUAUUUACGACGUCGUUUGGGGUGGCGACCAUGUUAUGUUCCUCAAUGAACGCAGAGAUGCUCAGCUUUGGAUGGAUCCCAAUUCCGGUGCUGGAUUUGGAUCAAAGCUAAAUUAUGGAUCAGGAUUCUUUCACAUGAGAAUCAAGCUUCCCAAUAAGGACUCUGCAGGAGUCGUUACAGCAUUUUAUCUAACUUCAAACUCAAGCAAGCAUGAUGAGAUAGAUUUUGAAUUCUUGGGCAAUAGAGAAGGUAAACCAAUCACAUUGCAAACAAAUGUGUUUGCAGAAGGGAUGGGAGAUAGAGAACAAAGGACCUUGCUAUGGUUUGAUCCCACUGCUGAUUUCCACACUUACAAACUCCUAUGGAACCUUCACCAGAUAGUAUUCUACGUGGACAAUAUUCCGAUUAGGGUGUUCAGAAACAAGCAGGACAUCGGGGUUCCGUAUCCGAACCAGCCAAUGCGCAUUCAGGUGAGCUUGUGGAAUGGAGAAGACUGGGCAACAGAUGGAGGGAAGACCAAGAUCGACUGGUCUCAUGCACCAUUUGUUGCCCAUUUUCAAGGUUUUGGUUUUGGUGCAUGCCCAGUGCCUAAAAACACCAUAGAUGUUGAAGGUUGCUAUGAUUCCAAGUAUUGGUGGAAUGGUAGCAAAUAUUGGAAGUUGAGUGGCAAGGAGCAAAGGCUAUUUGAGGAAGUGAGGGACAAGUAUAUGAAUUAUGACUAUUGUAAUGACACAAAUAGGCAUGCUACUACUCCACCUGAGUGUGAAUUCAAUAAAUGAAAUUAUUAUUAUUAUUAUUAUUA